AGUGAUUACUGAUCUGCUUACUGAUGUAGCAUGUGAUCAGUCCCAGACAUGUAUAUAUACUGGGGUGAUUCCCCCCUAAUGGAUAACGAUCUCUCCUCUCUUCUGCCUGCCUAGCAUCAGAGUCUUCCCUCUGGGAUAGGUCUGUUCACUCCACUCUACUGUCCUUCACUUCCACUGGCCUAACAAGCCCUUCUAAACCUCUUUCACUUCAACAGCUUGUCCAUUGGGACAAUGUUAAUAAAAGGGCUUUCUACUACUCACCACUGAUGUGCAGUGAUUUUCAGUGUUUAUGUCUUUGGAUUAUAGACUACUGUUGUAAACAGUCGAAAUGAGUGUUCUCGACAGUACCGGGUUGAACACUCAUUUUCAGUGGGACCAGAACACCUGGGAUGCACGUCACUGCCAAUACCGCUCACGAUUCCCUAGUAAGGUAAAGGCCCCCGGUAUUGCUCUGAUCACUGAGAUAAGGCCCUUUGGCGCUGUAGAUCGCGUGGACGCCAUCUUCCGCCGGCGCCACCACCAAGGCACGCUCCCCCCACGGCACCUUCCGAAGCGCGCCCAUUGCUGCUUGCCGCCCCAUCACGCGUGCUCAUCGCCGCCGACAGCAAGCUCGACAUUUCCCAUCAACCUUCACUAUCUGACUGUCGCUUUUGAUACUGGAUUGUUCUACUCUAUUGUGACUACACAACACGACUGCUGCACAGCGGCGCUUCGUCUGUUUGUUGUCCACUACUACACCAAGCUCACUCGCUGGCAAGAUGGCGCCAACACGUUGCAAAGGCUUGUCUCGACGGACAGGACCGUUGUCACUCUACAAGGGAUCAGACAGGAGAGGCGAGAGACGGAGGAGAGGAGGGCAACAUUGACAGCCGGGUUGAGCGGCGCUGACAAUCGUGCACUGGCCGAAAUCCGGGGUGAAGAGCUACCGCCCGAUGAGAGCGGUGCCGAUGUUGACAUGAACCUAAUGGCGGGUGUAGGUGCUGAGGCAGAGGACGACUGGGAAGACGAGUACAAGGGUGGAGACACAUUCCUCCAUGCGUUGCGGGAUAUUUCGGGCUCUAGCGUCGAGGUGUUCACAAAACUACUAUGUCGUUAUUAUCAGGUACCUUUCCAACGCCGCAUACACAUCAAGAUCGCUGACGUGUUCGAGAUCUACUUGACCAUCAUGCGUGAAGUUGAUAAGCGGGUGCAAGCAGCUGUGGGUCGGGACUCUCCGAACUGGUGUGUGCUGUACGGAUGUCCGCCUUGCGGGUACAAGCUUGACAACGAGCCCAAUAUGCGAUGGAGCCGCAUGCUCUGUGUAGACGGCAACAACUCCCUCAAACGCCUCGCAGCCCUGAGCACACGGAAGGUUGGUGAUGCGCGGGUAUUCCACAACAGUAACUACUACAUCCCGGACGCCUUCGUCAACCGAUUCACGGGCAAGAUUCGUCCUCAGCAGCCACAACCAGAGGCCAACGGUGCCGAUGAGGAAGGUGAUCCUACUGAUGGUGUCACUGACGUUUCCCUCUGCACGACCAACUGGAAAGCAGCAGCGGCAGACAACAAGAAGAAGUCAUGGGCGAUGUUUGACGAGACCGGGAUCUUCACCACCGCAUGCCGACAUGGCUUCGUCUUGUGGUUGAUAGACAUGGUACGGAGUGGUGAACUCGCAAAGUACCCGCUUGCGAUGACUGCGAAGAUACUCGAGGUCUUCAAGGAGAAGAUCCUAUGUGGCUAUGACAUCGGGUGCACAUUCGAGGGCACCGUGAGGCGCAGCUCGCUUGGCGUAGUUGUGCGAGUAGCCAAGAACCAUCCUAAUGUCAUCCCCAAGAUGGGGAUCGAGGACCUUGAGACACUUGAGCGUGUCUUCAGUGCAUCAAACAACCUCGCACCAAUCACACGAUACGCGUCGGCAUAUCGCCGACGUCUCUUCAUUGAGGAAUUCUUUAGACAGUGGGACAAAGGGAAGUACACAAACCUCAGCACGAUGCUCUACAACAACUACAAGCAGGCCCUUGACAUCAUCGACACGGACACCAUUGGCCUCGACGAAACAAAGCGAGUGUUCCAUUUCAGUGCCAAGGACAUGGAGAAGUGGUAUGAAGAGGAGCGGCAGUUCUUCCUCACUAGCUGCUCCAAGACCUCCGAGCUCUCGAGAGCCAGGCAGCAGGGGCCUCCUCUCAUUUCGCUUGCCGCGGUUCCUGCUGACUACAACUCGUCUGGUUCGAAUGGCUCGGGCACUCAGGCCUACUAUGCCGUGGCAGCCGAGACGUGUCGCCUGGAGUCAGAACGGCACCUUGUACGCGAGCGUCACGAUCUCAUCCACCAUGAGGUCAUAGCCAUGGAGGUAAAGCUGGGUAUCAGUAGGCAAUGGCAGGCUGGCGACGCUCUGUACGACAGUACAAUGAAGUAUAUAGUGGAGCGGAAGUAUCGCCAAGCCCUGGAAAGCCUGCAACGGCUUGUGAUCCAGUGGCUCUUCGAGCUCCAUAAGCUGAAUCCGGGGACAGCAUAUCGCGUGCGCACUCACAUUGCAAAGUCACUGCAGACUCAUUGCAAGGCCAUUCGGAAUGCAGUGGCGAAGUACAACUUGAACUCUGCUGCCUCUGCCCUCAAUCCGCCGCGCCCUACGCUCAACUGGUCGAGGGUCUCGCAUUACAGCUUCCUCGAGGAGUUCGAGCUGCUGCAGGAUACUCGCAACAAUAUUUGCGCCAAGCCUUGGACCGAACCUGCGGUCCGUGAGGCAAUGAAACAGGCACGCCGCAUUACUCACGCAGAGGAGGAACUUCAGUGUUGUCAUGUCAAAGCCCGCCGACUGCACACGUUCGAGCCUACUGAUGAGAUCUGGCCGUCUGAAAUGGUGCGGCCGGCGCCAGCCGGAGGGGUCUGGGUCAACGUUGCAGACAUUGUCAUUGCCAGCACGUUGCCAGUGGUCCGGCCGGAGUGCAUGCCGGCCGGCUCUGCCUCGUCUCCAACGUUGCGGCCAGCCUUGCCAUCCCUGAAUACUGUCCCCAAUGAUGCACCCGGCCUGUUUUCAUGGUACGUUGCAACACUCCGGCCAGAGUGCAUGCCAGCCCCGCCGCCCUCCUCAAUGUUGCGGCCGGCCUGUUUUCACCGGACAUUGCAACGCUCCGGCCGGACUACACCCCGGCUGCCCCCCCCACUUCUCAACGAUCCACCCGGCCUCUUUCACCCAACGUUGCAAUGCUCCGGCCGGAGGGUAUGCCGGCCAGUCAUCCCUCGUUCCCAACGUUGCGGCCGGAGCAGGCAGAAUUCAAAGUGGCCAGGCAGUCCACGCUGCAAACAGUCCGGCCGGUCAAUAGAUAUAGCAUUGCAAACGAGCUGGCCGGCCUCAGGCCCUACCACUACAAAUGGUCCGGCCGGACUUUUUGCCGGCCGAAAACACAAUGUCUCGGGCCGAGGGUACAGCCAAAACUCGGCCAAAGCAGCCAGACAUUUUGCCGGCCGAGCUUUUGCUUCACCGACUCGGGCCGAAAAGUUGACCAUUUUCUCGGGCCGAAGAUUUGAGUACUGCCUCGGGCCGAAGAGUUGGGCAUUUUCUCGGGCCGAAGAUUUGGCCGAAGCUCGGUGA